AUGGAAAGAAACGUAGCAGUUGCGACUAUUUUGACUGCUUUUUUAUUAGAAAGCAGCGAUGAAGAAACUGCCAAACAGCCCAAAAAGAUGUGUCGUAGGGUAUGGACAAAGGAUUGGGUGGCCCGUCGUGAGCAGGAGGGAUUUUACGCAAAAUUGAUGGUCGAAUUGCGAACAGAGGAACCAGAACUGUAUCGAAAUUUUUUGCGAAUGGAUUGCAAGCAAUUUGAUCACCUUUUAUCUUUGGUGGCUCCACAUAUUCAAAAACAAGAUACGAAUAUGCGCAGGAGCAUUUCUGCAGGUGAGGGUCUUGCGUUAACCCUACGAUACCUAGCUACCGGCGAAAAUUUUCGGUCGUUGCAAUACCUGUUUCGCAUUCCUGCUACAACAAUCUCGACAACAAUUCCACAUGUCCUCGAUGCUAUAUAUAAAGUUCUCGUGGACGAAUAUCUUCAGGCCCCGAAAACACAAGAGGCUAGGAACGCUAUUGCCAACGAUUUCAACGAAAUCUGGCAAUUCCCAAACUGCAUCGGAGCUGUGGAUGGGAAGCAUGUGGUCAUGGUCGCACCACCUAAUUCUGGCAGCAUUUUUUAUAACUAUAAAGGUACACAUAGUAUCAUAUUAAUGGGUAUAGCCGAUGCGAACUACAAAUUGAUUUACAUCGAUGUCGGCCGCAAUGGGCGAUUUUCCGACGGUGGUGUGUUCAACCGCUGCACAUUUGGACAAGGGUUGGAUAACAAUCAUCUGUGCUUGCCACCACACAACCCACUACCGGGUAGACAAUUGCCUGUUCCGUAUGUCCUUGUCGCAGACGACGCCUUUGCUUUAUGA